AGACAAGCCUAUUUACAAUGCAAGAAUAAGCAUUGAUGCAUGCAUGCAUGCAUGCAUGUUUGUUGUUUUCAUCAUUAUUCAACCAUUAUUAUUUCAUGGCCAAUUUCUACGUUCCAUUUUAAAGGCACAAGAAAGAAAGCAAAUGCAUGCUGCUCCCCCACCACACACUCGCCGCCAUUAAUUAUUUCUUCAUUGGAAAAUGCGAAUACCUCUCUCUCUCUCUCCCUCCAUUGUUCCUCAACACACUUUCACAAUGUAUCUACCCUUCUGCAAUAGUAAUUCCUACGAGUUUCUUCACCCUUUUGUUGUGAUCUCAUCAGAAACAACAACACUGUAAAUAAUAAUAGCAAUACUAACAAAUAUUAAAUAGAUACUUUUUUAUUUUUUAUUUUUUUUUUUUGUGAUUAAUUAGAAUUAUGAUGAACAAGAUAGAGGGAUACGUAGAGAUAUUAGGGAAGGUUAACUUUGUUACAAUUGUUGUUGUAUUGACCUGCAUUGUGGGGCCAGCGUCUUCUCAAACAGCCCCCGGCGGUGGCGCCGCGGCCGGCGGCGGCACCGGCCUCCCCAAUGAAGCUGCAGUUCAGUUAUUUGCACAGGAAAUGUACAAAAGCAUGGGUAGUUACACCAACGUCUUCAAGGAUUCAAUCAGGAAACACUUGGGAUUUUGCAUUGUGGAUGCGGACCGAGAUUGGGAUGGUGCCUUCAAUUUCUCCAGUGAUCUCUCUUUUCUCACCAACUGUGCCAAAAAUUUACAAGGAGAUAUUACACAGCGCAUGUGCAUAGGUUCAGAGCUUGAAAUGUAUUCAUCGCUGGUUAAAAGCAACAAAAGGUUUGUGAAUCCGAAUGUGAACUGCAAUACGAGCACGUGGCUAAAUGGGUGUGAGCCUGGAUGGGCAUGUAAGGCUAAUGAGAAAGUAGAGCUUAACAGCACCCAGAAAGACAUACCUGUUAGAAAUUCAGAUUGCCAACCUUGUUGUGAAGGUUUCUUUUGCCCUCCUGGUCUUACUUGCAUGAUACCUUGUCCAUUGGGAGCUUAUUGUCCACGUGGAACUCUCAAUGCAACAAGUGGAGUAUGUCAACCAUAUCGUUAUCAGAUACCUCCUGGAAAGUUAACCCAUUCUUGUGGGGGAGCAGAUAUUUGGGCUGAUAUUAGAAGCAGUGCAGAGGUUUUCUGUGCUCCAGGAGCAUUCUGUCCAUCUAAUAUCAUAAAAAAUGAUUGCAAUAAGGGGUAUUACUGCAGAACAGGUUCUACUGCUCAAGAGAGAUGUUUCACUUUGGCAACAUGUGAACCUAAAUCAGAAAACCAGAAUAUUACUGCAUAUGGUGUCCUGGUCUUUGCUGGAGUGUGUUUCAUGCUCAUUAUCAUAUAUAACUGUUCUGAUCAAGUUCUUGCAACUCGAGAAAGAAGACAAGCAAAAUCAAGAGAAAGGGCUGCAGCACACGUGAGAGAAACACAAGCGCGAGAAAAAUGGAAAUCAGCAAAAGACAUAGCCAAGAAGCACGCAGUAGGUCUGCAAUCGAGUUUGUCGCGAACAUUUUCACGCCAAAAGACUAACAAGGGAUCCGGAACCUUACCACCUUCUGCCCCUGCAAAAGCAAAGAAAAAGGACAAGAGCAACCUCAGCAAGAUAAUAAGUGACAUUGAGGAAGAUCCUGAUAGCCAAGAAGGUUUUAAUAUUCAGAUAGGGGAUAAGAAUGUUAAGAAGCAAGCACCAAAGGGUAAGCAAUUGCAUACUCAGAGUCAAGUGUUCAAGUAUGCAUAUAAUCAGAUUGAGAAAGAGAAGGCCUUACAGGAACAAAUGAAGAACAUGACCUUCUCUGGAGUUAUCUCAAUGGCUAAUGAGAUUGAGAUAAGGAAAAGGCCUACCAUUGAGGUUGCAUUUAAAGAUUUAACACUCACUUUGAAAGGAAAAAACAAACACCUAUUAAGAAGUGUGACAGGUAAAUUGUUUCCCGGCCGGGUUUCAGCAGUUAUGGGACCAUCUGGGGCCGGCAAGACAACAUUUCUUUCUGCUUUGACCGGGAAAGCGGCUGGAUGCACCACAACUGGUCAAGUUCUUGUAAAUGGCCAGGAAUCGCCAAUUCGGUCGUACAAGAAAAUCAUUGGAUUUGUGCCACAAGAUGAUAUUGUUCAUGGAAAUUUGACAGUGGAGGAAAAUCUGUGGUUCAGUGCCAGAUGCAGGCUCGCGGCUGAUCUACCAAAAGAGGAGAAAGUCUUAGUGGUUGAAAGAGUCAUCGAGGCUCUGGGUUUGCAGGCAAUUAGGGACUCUAUGGUUGGUACGGUGGAGAAGAGAGGAAUCUCCGGAGGACAGAGGAAAAGAGUAAAUGUUGGACUCGAAAUGGUGAUGGAACCUUCACUUCUAAUUUUAGAUGAACCCACUUCUGGUUUGGACAGUUCAUCAUCUCAGUUACUUCUUAGAGCUCUUAGACGUGAAGCCCUUGAAGGAGUUAACAUAUGUAUGGUCCUUCACCAACCUAGUUACACAUUGUUCAGGAUGUUUGAUGACUUUAUAUUGCUAGCUAAAGGAGGACUUACAGUGUAUCAUGGACCAGUGAACAAGGUGGAAGAGUACUUUUCCGGCUUGGGAAUUGUUGUCCCUGACCGCGUCAACCCUCCGGAUUACUACAUUGACAUUUUAGAAGGAAUCAUAAAGAUACCAGCAGGGUCAGGAGUGAGCCAGAAACAACUACCUGUUAGAUGGAUGCUUCAUAAUGGCUACCCUGUGCCGAUGGAUAUGCUUGAACUCAUUGAAGGAAUGUCUACUAACAAUACUGGUUCACCAAGUGUAGCAGCUUCCACUCCAGAUAACAAUGCUGGUCCAUCUUUUGCUGGAGAACUUUGGCAGGAUGUGAAGGCCAGUGUUGAGAUGAAGAGGGACAAUUUCAGUUAUAAAUUCUUGACUUCACACGAUUUGUCCAAUAGGAAGACACCUGGAUCAUUCACCCAAUACAAGUACUUUCUUGGGAGAGUUGGUAAGCAGCGGCUACGAGAAGCUAGAUCACUUGCCGUGGACUUUAUGAUCUUGCUUCUAGCAGGACUUUGCCUAGGAACACUAGCCAAAAUGAGUGAUGAAUCAUUUGGAGCAACUGGUUAUACAUACACAGUAAUAGCAGUAUCACUCCUUUCGAAGAUCGCGGCUUUGAGAUCCUUCUCCUUGGAUAAGUUGCACUAUUGGAGGGAGAGUGCUUCUGGCAUGAGCAGCCUUGCAUAUUUUCUUUCAAAGGACACAGUUGAUCAUUUCAGUACACUCAUCAAACCUCUGAUGUAUCUCUCCAUGUUCUAUUUCUUCAACAAUCCAAGAUCUUCUUUUCAAGCCAACUAUGCUGUUCUGCUAUGUUUGGUGUACUGUGUUACUGGCAUAGCUUAUGUGUUAGCAAUCUUCCUUGAACCUGGUCCAGCCCAGCUGUGGUCUGCAUUGCUUCCAGUAGUUUUGACACUCAUCGCAACCUAUGAAAAUUCUGAGAAUAAUGGAUUCAUCCGCUUUGUGGCAGACAUAUGCUACGCAAGGUGGGCUCUUGAAGCAUUUGUUAUAUCAAAUGCCAAAAGAUAUGCUGGAGUUUGGUUAAUAAGUCGAUGUGGUGCACUCUAUAAGAGUGGCUAUGAUCUCAACCGUUGGUAUCAAUGUUUAGGCCUUCUUGUAGCAACUGGAGUAAUUAGUCGUGUGCUGGCAUUCUUUUGUAUGAUAACAUUCCAGAAGAAGUAGGUUCAUCUCUUCAAUCCCUCUGAAUUCUUGUUGUACAGAGUAAACAUGGCAAAUUCAAACAACACUGGCUAGCUAGUGCUACAACUCAUGACCUGUGCUCAACAACUUUGUAAAGCAAUGUGGCAUGAGUUGUAUCCUCAUAGGAACAGAUGAUGAUCAGAGAAAAAAGUAUGAUAUGAGUUGUUAGCUGUGGAUAGUGUAGCAUUAGAGAGAGAUAUUACCCUUCUAACUUUCAACUAAAAUAUUAGUUCCAAGAAUAUU